AUGCCAAUCCAAAGCCAUAACAGGGAGGAUGACGCUAACUCCGUGUUAGAAUCGUUGGCGAAUCAGUCACUGAAUGACGCAUUGAAAGAUACUCUGGAACUCGGCAAGGUUAAAGAUGUCAAACUCGACGAACUCAGAACCAACGCGGAUCUAGACCUCGCACGAAUUCAACAGCUUGUGAAAGAUACUCGUGCCCUCGUGGCCGGCGAAAGGAAGGGGCAAGUCAAGGAUGACGAAGGCAGGAUUCUUGACGAGGUGAAAUCGAAGAGCAAUCCACCUAGAGUGCUACUAGGCGUUAAGCAAAGGUACAAGGUUACGGACGCAACUGUCGAUUUUGACGUCCUUAUCCACCGCUUCGAGACCAAUUACGGUGCCGAAGGAUACUUCGAGCACCUCCUGAGGGAAGACAAAUCUGAUCUGAGCAAGUGGAACAACAGGCCAAUGCUUGGUUCGAACCCUCCAGCUCUUGCUCUCGGGCAUCUUGCGCUGGUAAAAGGGUACGACAUAAUCAUGUGGUGCCACAAUAACUUUCUUUUCAAGCUCGACUAUGGCAAAAAAAAUGGUAGAAGAGAUGCCGAUGAGGCCGAGUUGAAACAGUGUGGUUCCGCUGGCCUGCUCCAAUUUGCCUCGAAGAUCGAAAGGCAUUUGAAAGAGGGUACGGUUCCCGGUCAUGUCGAAGGGCCGAAGCCGGAGGUUAAGGUCUUUACGCCUGGGAUAGACGACCCCAAAGACGGCAAGUAUUACGUGGCACUCAAGCCUCUGGAUAACGCCAAAAAUUUUGUACUGGCCGAACCGCCGUAUCCGCAAUUACGAGAGUCCGUCGCACUUGAACUCCAGAGCAAAGGCAUGUGCAGCUUUCAGGUUUACGUCGCGGAUAAGAAAACACUUGUUAUCCUGGAUCGGUACACCGUGGAUUUCAGAAUUUUAACGCCAAUUUCCGCAGCCGGCUAG